AAUGUAUUUUGGUAUACAUACAAAAGGCUGUCAAUGGCUUUAUAUGCUCCCUUUGGAACGGAAAUCCAAACACGUUAAAGAAUGGGGAGAUUAUCGACAAGCCUUGCUAUAGUUCUAGGAUGUAUCUUGACAGUAUAUGGCCAGCUACCGCCAAUGCUUGAACAGAUGAUGACGAACCCUUCCAUGGCCAUGGCAAUGAUGAACGGAGGUGGACAGGGAUCGGGGGCUAUGAACCCACUCCUCAUGUCUGCCAUGAUGAAUCCAGCAGCCAGCGGAGAACCUUCUACCUUAAACGAUAUGGCUAUGAUGAACAUGAUGAUGAAUGGAAAUGGACAGUCCGGCGCUCGGAAUAUGUUUGACAUGCAACCUCAGGCAUCACCUUCAAGUAACAAUUCCACUGGAACCAGAAUGGCAAUGCCUCCUCCGAUACCCGUCAACCGGGGUCCAAGUAUAAACGAUAUCAUGUCCAUGAUGAUGAUGACAAGUUCGGGAAAUGCCCCGAGCUCUGAUACUUUACAAAGGUUAGGAGUUAUGGGAGCUUUAGGGAGAGGCAGCACAAGGGCUCUUAACCCCAGUCUUUCUCCCAGUAAGUUGAUGGACUUGACAAGAGAUGGUGUGGGUGUUAGCCCUGUAGUCGCCAAGCAGAUCUGCCCCCCACAGAGAUGUCCGUUCCGUGUUCAAUGUGAAAGCCCUAUAACUACAUACAAGCCAGAAACAUUUUUUGUCUGCCCGGAAUGUCCAAAAUGUCCGUUUCAAAUUAUGAUGGGAGCAAUGAAUCCGAAUUUCAAUUCCAUGGGGUCUACGCGAAGACGGCCAACGAUGCGUAGGACUAUGAGGGGCCGUCCAGGAUUCCCGACGCCCAUGCGUGCAAUGCCGAGGAUCAGGAACGCUACAGCUAGUGCUAUGUGAUAACACUCCCUCGACCUUCUCGGGACAAAUAAACAUAAUGUUUAAAAUUGUUAAAAUAUUCUACGACGUGAAAUAAUCGUGUGAGCGAGUGAUAAUGGUAAUGUAUGCGAGAGAUAUCUGCGUGUGUGCUCGAUUGUAUUGCCUGCAUAAUCAAUAUGCUUGUUUUAGACGGAUUCGUUUUCAAAUGUGAUAUAAAUUGAAUUAAAAUUUGUUGUGAAUUUUA